UGAGGCGGCCGCCGGGCGGCCGGGGAGCGCGAGCGCAAGGGACGGGGAGGGUCGCGGCGACACUCGCGCCAGCUCCCGGGACGCUAGGGCGGAUGGGCUCGGGCUGGUCGCCGGCCUCCGACCCUCGACUAGGUUCCUGGCGGAGCCCGGUGCGUCCGGAGCUCGCGCCCCUCAGAGGGGUCGCGCGUCGCCGCGGCGGCGCUGAGGCUGGCGGUCGGGAGGUGAAAGUCCGGAUUGCGGGGUCAGGACGCCUCCUGGAGGGGGCGCGGCGCAGGGGGCCGCGGGAAAGCCGCCGAGGGCGCAGAGCGGGAAAGAAGGACACUGGCCACCUCGCCUCCGCCUGGGCACGGGGCAGGGGGGGACCCACGCGUGGCGGUGCCGGGGAGGUCCUCACGUACUCAAAAACAAGUAGAAAAGGCAUCCAGGGCCUGUUCCCGAACUCCCCACAGACUGGCAGGGUGCAGAGAAGCGCCUGAGGAGGAAGUGCCACACAAUGGGCGAGAACAAAGGGGAGCGGAGCGAGACCGCGGCCUGCGCCCGCCCCCUGCUUGCGCACAGUCCCCGCCCCGCCCCGCGGGCGCCGCCGCCGCCGCCUUCCCGCGCCACCUUGUGACCCUGAGCGGGAGACCCGGUCUGGAGUCCGGCGGCUAGAGUUGGUUGCGAGGGGCCUGUUGCUCGAGUGUGCGUUGAAGAGGCUAGAGGGAGCCUAGGUAGAUGUGGGAGGCAGGCUGGAGCUGGCAGCUUGCGAGGCCUUUACGUGAGGCUCACCAUGGAGUCUCCAGCGAGUUGUCUGCAGAGCUGCGAUGGUGAGAGGAGGAACUCGAUUUCUCCUUUUCUG